AUACCAUAAUAUAGCGUACAUGAGUGGAGGUGGAUGUGAGGUGGCGCCUUUGGCUUACUGCUUCUUCCUGGCUUUUCUCUCAUGUUGAGGGAGGAUCCAGGACCGUUGCCAGCUGCUGACUGUCUGUCUGUCUUUGUCUGUCUGUCUCUGUCUUUCUGUCUGUAUAUCAACUCCACUGACACACGGCAGCGCGCAGUGAGACACGCAGGAACCAGAACAGCCAAGUAAAGGGACCAUAUUGCAACUCACAGUCGACAUGUCUCAGUAUUCCGACCUGGAGAAUGCCAUCAACACGCUGGUCACCCAGUUUCACUCUGCUUCAGCUUCCAAUAGUCCAACGCUGAAAACCGAUGAAUUCAAAGGUCUUUUGUCCUCCCAGAUGCCUAACCUGGUCAAGGUCGGCACAGACCAGGGGAUGGGUGAGAUCCUGAGGAAGAUGGGUGUAGCUGACGGCGAGGGCAUCUCUUUCAAGAACUUCUGGAACUUAAUCCAGUCAGUAGCCACCUCACAGCACAGCCUCCUCAGCAGCCAGAUGGGCUCCUCAUGCAAAUGCAUCCUCCUGUGAAGAGCCGGCCCUCAGCCCAACACAGCUCUGAGUUUCACUAAACAGAGUAUUAAUAUGCACACCACUGUCCUAAUCAGGUGUCGGACAGAAUACAAAGGUACAAAGUCUGCACACAGCAAGCUGUUCCCACCAUUUCUGACUAAAACAUGACAGCUUGAAAAUUGCUGUGAUCUCUUUUCCACACCGCCCUUCUGCCAGUAUACUUCUGCCAGUAUACAGUAUAAAUAAUCUAUUCAUCUCCAUACUUAGUACCAGAUAACAUCUAUUUGGAGCCAUUUAGUGAUGAUAAAUAACGUAAUUGCAGUGUGUUAUUUUAUUUGACUUUUUAUUUUAUUUUAUUUUAUUUCAUCAUGUGCUACUGCACAUGUUAAUUUUGACUUAGGUUCCUAUAACUGUGUAAGAUAAUAGAUUUUGGCAUUAGUGACAGAAAGUUGGCUGUCCCUCUCUGUUAUAUGAGCAUCUCAACAUUUCCCCCCAGAUUGAACUAUAGAGAGAAAAAAAAAACGCAGCGUCAGCAUCAAACUGACCACAUGCAUCAGUAUGCUUGGAACGCACUAGCUCACAUGACACAUCAUCCAUAUAAACGCACCGGUAUGCUUCAAAAGAAGUGCUUGUUGGAUCGUCUAAGAAUGUCUGAAACCCCCUCUGUCGUCAUCCUCAUCGUCCUUUAAUCCAGGCGAGCUUUGGAGUGGCGAAAUUCGGAACACCUACCAACACUUGUUGUUGUACAAACAAAUACGUUGAUGCAUGUUGAACCCUUCAGACACUAUUACACAAUCCAGGCCCUAACACUCAUUUUUGAUUUAACUGGUGCAAAAGGUGCCGGGCAUUAUCAGUCAUAGUCAUUAACAUUUCCCUCGUUUGCGCCAGUUUUUCCCCAUGUAUAGUAGUGACCCAUGGUGCAUUCAAAUGGCUCGUGUUUACUACACCAAUAAUAAAAGAAUGAAUGGCCCACUUUUGUGGUAUUCACAGCUUCAUGGAUACUUUUCCUAAUAGCUCAAAGUGGAGUGUUGAGAAUGGCGUACUCCAUCAAAUGUAAGGAUGGCCUUCGAAUGGAGAAGAUCGAACAUCAUUGACCAUUUUACAAAAGACAACAAGAACCAGUUCUCAUGUUCAUCUCACUCGUAAGCCACAUAAAUGUAUAUAGUUUCUAUACAGUGGAAUGGUGUAGUCAACUUUGCAUGUCAAAAAUGUACCGUUUUAAGCACAUCAGUAUGAGAGCGUUUAACAUCAAACCAAGUUACAGUAAUUCUUAGGAGAAAUUAGUUUACCUUUCAAAAGAUUUGCAAUUUGUUUCUUCCUUUGCAAAGAACAAACUAACUGCGUUAGCAAUGAGUUCACCGGUCAUCAUAACAAAAGUCUACUUUGGAUUAUUUCUAAAUGUCAGUAUGUUUGAAUUUGUAAUCAUGUGGUGUAACACCUCUUAUUGUGUGCCUUAUAGUCCCUUUAUAAGUUUCUACCAGUAAUGCGUUACCCUCUGUGAUCCUGCAUGUUCUUUGUAUUUAUAUUUUGGAAUUCUCUGUAUUCUGACCUAUGUGACACCAUAAGAAAAAUGAUAUAAUAAACAUACAAAGAAAUCUACAGUA